AUGAACAUACUUGAAGACAGUUCUGAGGCACCAACACCAGAAAUUGUGAACUCGUUGGUCACUCAUGACACAGACAAGGAAGCCAUUCUUUGCCUUCAGAACGAAGUUGCUGAAAAAGAUCACAGCUCUGAGAGGGCCAUGAUGGUGACCUCAGAUGUGGCAAAGGAGCUUACUGAGCGACGUAUGAUGCAGGUCUCAACUUUACAGAAUUACAAACCAGAUGAAGCAUCUCCUUUGGAUGAUGAGGAUGAUUCAGUAGUUAAUCAAGGGUGGUCCAGAGGUAAAAAAUAUAAGACUACUGCAACCAUUCAGGAGCAUAAGUGGAAGCUGGGGAUGUGGUCCAAAGAAGAAACUGAAAUUUUGACAAGCAAUAUUGAAUGCUAUAUGAUGGCAAAUGGAAUAAAUGACGUUUCAGAAAUCAUCUUUAAGAUGUCAAAAUGCGAAAGAAGGAACUUCUACAGGUCUAUAGCACGGGGUCUGAACCGGCCUUUGUUUUCUGUCUAUAGAAGAGUGAUUCGCAUGUAUGACGACGGAAACCACAAGGGAAAGUACACAACUGAAGAAACUGAGAAGUUCAAGGAGCUCUGUCACCAGCACGGCAAUGACUGGGCAUCAAUUGGAGCAGCGCUAGGCAGAAGUGUAUCUUCUGUUAAACGUCGGUACCAACUUAUGAAUGACACACACAAGACGGGUAAAUGGGCAGAAGAAGAAGAAAGAACACUUGCAGAGGUGGUUCAUGAAUUGACAAAGACCAAUCCGGGUGAACAAGUCACCAAGGGUGUGCCCUGGACUGCUGUAGCUCAACGAGUCUGCACCCGCUCGGCUAAGCAGUGUCGAUCUAAAUGGCUCACGUACCUGAACUGGAAACAGAGUGGGGGAAUUGAGUGGACCAGGAAAGAUGGAGUGACUCUCAUCCUGAGGUUAGCAGAACUUGAUGUGGCUGAUGAAAGUGACAUUCACUGGGACCUCUUGGCUAAGGGUUGGAGCAGUGUCCGUUCCCCACAGUGGCUUCGAGAUAAAUGGUGGGCCAUCAAAAAGCAAGUUUCAAACUAUAAGGACAUUGCAUUUCCAGUCUACAGCAUGCUCCCAUCGGAGUCUCUGGCCCUGAAGGCAAUCCAAUCAUCUCUCCAGUUCCCAUCGAAGAGCUUCAUAUUGCAAACCAGGUCAACCCUGUCACAGCAGACUCCCCUACUUCUCCCGUCAGCUCUGAAGCAGUAA